AUGGCCGAGCCAGCGGUAGAGCGCAGAACCUCCAAUCCAGGACAGGAGCACGAUGAGGAUCGCCUGGCCCAGUUCGGAUACAAGCAGGAGCUGAAGAGAGACUGGGGUCUGGCGCACAACUUCGGUGUGUCCUUCAGCAUCAUCAGUGUCAUCACGGGCAUCACGACCUUGUUCAGCUAUGGCCUCAACACGGGUGGCCCGGGUGUUAUGAGCGUCGGAUGGAUCUUGGUCUCCUUCUUCACCAUGCUCGUCGCUAUCGCCAUGGCCGAGAUCGUCUCUGCCAUUCCCACGAGCGGAGGCCCAUAUUUCUGGGCUGCAAUGCUCGCCCCUCCUCGGUGGAGCCCCUUUGCUGCGUGGUUGACGGGCUGGUUCAAUUUGCUCGGCCAGGUGGCCGUGACCACUGGCAUCAGCUUCGGCCUGGCCGGCCUGAUCGCAACGGCGGCCAAGGUGAAGAAUCCGGACUUUGAGGGAACCGCAGCACAGACGAUCGGCAUCUACGCAGCCGUGCUCAUCUCUCAUGGACUGGUGAAUACCUUCGGAGUACACAUCCUCAGAUAUCUCAACAACAUCUCUAUUUUCCUCCACAGCGCGGGCGUCACUGCUAUUGCCAUCGCUGUCUUGGCAAAGGCACCGACACACCAGUCUGCAAAAUUUGUGUUUUCCACGUUCUACGAUGGUACAGGCCUCGAAGGAAUCGGAUGGAGUAUGCGGGCCAGUCCCGCCUACGUAGCCAUGUGUGGUUGCCUUAUGUCCCAAUACACGCUCACGGGAUUCGACGCGUCUGCUCAUCUCUCCGAGGAGACCCGCCGAGCUGAUUGGAGUGCCCCCAUCGGUGUCGUCUCGAGCGUCGGCUUCAGUGCCAUCUUUGGCUUCUUCGUCUUGCUGGCCUUCCUCUUCUCCAUCCAGAACUUCGCCGAUACUUUGGAUAACGAGUACUCUCAGCCUGUCCUGAAGAUCUUGGUCGAUGUGUUCGGAGAGAACGGGGCUCUGGCUGUAUUCUCCAUCAUCAUAAUCUGUGUCUGGCACUGCGGCCUCUUCUCCAUGACCUCCAAUUCUCGAAUGAUGUUCGCCUUCUCUCGGGACGGUGGCAUUCCCGAAUUCUUCCACAAGGUCGACCAGCGAUUCCGAUCUCCCAUCCGGGCAAUCUGGCUCGCUGCUACUCUGUCUUUCAUCCUGGCUCUGCCAUCCCUCGGCUCUACUGUCGCCUUCUCUGCUGCCACCUCCAUUGCGACCAUCGGUCUGUACAUCUCGUACGGUCUGCCUAUCCUCAUCGGUAUCAUCUGGCACCGCAACUUCACGGCCAUGAAAGGACCCUUCAACCUUGGAGGCAUGUCUCGAGUGAUUGCAGGAGGCGCGUGUGCCUGGAUUGCGUGUAUCACCGUCGUGUUCUGUCUCCCUGAGUCCAACCCUGUCACCAGCCAGACCCUGAACUACACUGUGGUCGCGGUGGGCAUUAUCGGCAUUUUUGCUAUUGGCUCGUGGGUCCUCUGGGCACACCGAUGGUUCACCGGUCCGGCGGAGGAGGUAGCUGAGGCCAUGCGGCUUGGUGUUGACCUGACUGAGCCCGGUGCGUUGGAGCAGAAGGAGGCAGAGGCCAUGGCUCAAAACAAAGGACUGCAUGCAGCCGAAAAGACGACGCAGUGACCUAACUUUCGAGGUUCUGCCAAAGCAAAACAAAUAAAAUUCUAAUUCUACCAAGAUGGGAUGCCAAAUUUCUGUGGUGUCCAAUGAAGCUGCUGGCUCCGAGAGGAGGGUUCGAAUUGCAAUGUGUGUGAGAC